AUGGGUCCUCGCAGCAAUACCGACGAGCUGCGCUUCUUCCACUACCCGGAAGUCCGUGAGGGACCCUCCGUCCCUUACAAGAACGAGGAUCAAUCGAUCCCCGUCCUCCGCGGCGCUCCGCUCGCCAUCGGCGCAUCACUGUACGCAUGCCUGCAUUCAUUCAUUCCGUCUCCGCGUAAUCCCAGCCAGCAUCACACUAACGCGUCCCGCAGAAUCCACAACGUCGGUUUCAUCCAGAGCUUCUUCUGGCGCAACGCCGGCUUCGACGUCAUCCGCAACAUCCCCCACCUCCACGAAUACACCGCCCGCUACGAUCCCACUGUCAUCCCCGUCGUGCCGGACACCGUCACCGCGGAUGCGCUCCCCGCGCCCACGCAGAGACGCGCCGGCCCGACGGCCUACUACACUUCCGCCGACUACCACGCGCUCUACAAGGCCGGCUCCCUGUCCCCCGUGGCGGUCGUCGAGGCCCUCCUGCCGCUGAUCCGCCGCGACGCCACGCCGGCCGGCGCGCACUCGGUCGCGUUCCUGGAAAGCAAUGUGGCCAGGGUGCGCGCCGCGGCGGAGGCGUCUGCGCAGCGGUACCGGGACGGCACGCCGCUGGGCCCGCUGGACGGGGUGCCCGUUGCCGUGAAGGACGAGCUGAACAUGGAGGGCUACAAGCGCACGCUGGGGAGUAAGCUGGAUUUCACCAACGGCGUGGAGGGCACGUCGUGGUGUGUGAAGAAGUGGGAGGAGGCGGGCGCGAUUGUCGUCGGCAAGACGACGAUGCAUGAGCUCGGACUGGGUGAGUCGCGCUCCAAGGAAGAUAGACGCAGCACCAGCCCUCAGAACCAUCUCUAUCUGGGAAACGAAACUGACCCAGCAGAUACCAACAACAACAACCCCAACUACGGCACGCCGCGCAACCCGCACAACGAGAAGUACUACUGCGGCGGCUCGUCGGGCGGGUCGGGCUACGCCGUCGCCGCAGGGCUGGUGCCCAUCGCGCUCGGCGCGGACGGCGGCGGCUCAAUCCGCAUCCCGUCGUCGUUCUGCGGCAUCUGGGGGCUGAAACCGUCGCAUGGUCGCGUCAGUGGCACGCCCACGGUCUCGCUCGCGACGACCGUCGGGGUGAACGGGCCGAUGGCCGCGAGCAUCGACGACCUGGCGCUGGCGUACCGAGUGAUGGCGGCGCCGGCGCCCGCCGCGGACGACCCGAUGUCGGCCGCGUUCCCGUCGCCGCUGCGCACGCUGGCGGUGCCUGCGGACCGGCCAAAGAUGAUUGGCAUCAUACCGGAGUGGAUCGACCGUGCCGAGCCUGAGGUGCGGCGCGUGUUCGACGCCACGCUGGACUUCUACCGUAAACAAGGCUAUACGGUGGUGGAGAUCGCUAUCCCGUAUCUGCCCGAGGGCCAGCGCGCGCACGUCCUCACCAUUAUGACCGAGAUCGCGUCGGCGCUGUCGCCGCGCCAGAUCCGCAGCCUCACUGCCCCCAACAAGGUGCUCGUCUCCAUGGGCAUGUGGCAGAUCACCGGCCAGGAUGUCCUUGCCGCCCAGCGCCUGCGCAACCUCCUCAUGGCUCAUCUCGCCCAUCUCUUCCAGAAAUACCCCGGCCUGCUGAUCUUCUCACCCACCACGCCCAUUGCCGGCUGGAAGAUCGACGGCGGUGAGGCCGACCUGUCGCGCGGCUUGUCCGACGGCAAGGCCUCUGUGCGCAACAUGGAGUAUGUGUGGCUGGCCAAUUUCACCGGAUGUCCCGCUAUCAACUGUCCCGCGGGAUACUCUAAUGCCGGUGUUCCUAUCGGUGUGAUGGCCAUGGGCGAAUGGGGCACUGAAGAGGAACUCAUCGCCUUUGCCAGAGACGGGGAGGCGAUUCUGGAUCUCCCGGAGAAUCAGCCCCAUACCAAGGACGAUUCCUCGGAGCAGUCAUCUGGAUUGAGAGUUCCCCAUGGGAACAGCUCCCGCUGGGAGGAUGUCAUUGCAACGGCGACGCAGUAG